AUGGAUGCGUCACGCCGGUUCUGCCCUGACGACGCGCCGGACAUCUACUCGUUCAUAGGCCAGCCGCCCACCGCAAAGCGCUUUGACUACACAGAGGCUUGGAGGCAGGUCGAGUCGUUCUUUGUAAGAAACGGUCACACGUCCAUAAGUAGGUAUCCAGUGGUGUGCCGCUGGCGCGACGAUCUCUUCUUCACCAUAGCCAGCAUAGUGGACUUUCAGAGGGUGAUGGGCUCAAAGGUGGUCUUUGAGUUUCCCGCAAAUCCGCUGGUGGUGCCGCAGACAUGCCUGCGCUUUAAGGACCUGGAAAAUGUGGGCGUUACUGGACGACACUUUUCCAGCUUUUGCAUGAUAGGUCAGUGCGCGGUUCCGGAUCAGGACGGGUACUGGAAGGACCGGUGCGUGGAACUGGACUACCGGCUGGUAACAGAGCAAUUCGGGAUCCCCGGCGAGGAGGUCACGUUUGUCGAGGAUGUCUGGGUAGGCGGCGGCUCGUUUGGAUCCUCGCUGGAGUACUUUGUCCGCGGCCUGGAGCUGGGCAAUGCCGUAUUUACCGAGUUUCAGGGAGAGCUGGGAAAGCAUACGACCUUGGACCAGAGGGUCAUAGACAUGGGCGCCGGCCUUGAGAGGCUGGCCUGGAUCACCGCGGGCACGCCCACCGCGUAUGACUGCUGCUUUGGACCUGUCAUUGACAGGCUGUUUGAGAUGGCCGGCGUGGAUCCCGAAGCGGGAGCUCCGGUAGCAUACUUUACAGAGAUCGCAAAGGCGCUGGACAGGCUCGACCCGCGGGAUCUGCGGAGGCGUGCGGCAUCUCGUGCUGGAAUUGCGGAGGAUCAGAUAAGCCGGCUGGUCGUACCCAGAGAGGGCGCGUACCUGAUAGCGGAUCACCUUCGAACCCUGAUCUUUGCCAUCGCCGACGGCGCCCUGCCAAGCAAUGUUGGGGGCGGGUACAACCUGCGCAUAAUGCUGCGCCGCAUAAGCGGAACCAUAAACAAGCUGGGGAUCAGGCCAGACAUCCCGGAGCUGGUGGAUCUGCACAUCGACUACCUUAUGAGGACGUACCCGGAGCUGGACGCCCGGAGGGACGACGUCAAGACGAUCCUGGAUAUCGAGUCCAGGAGGUACGAAGAGUCAAAGUCCAGAAUGGGCAGGAUUGCGCACAGGAUAAACAGGAAAGAUCGGCCGCCUACCGUGGACGAGCUGAUAACGCUCUACGAGUCGGACGGCAUCACGCCGGACUACCUCAUGGAGACGGGGGUCAUCCAGGAGGUUCCUGCCACGUUCUAUACCAGGCUGUCACAGCUGCACCAGGACAGAAGGGAGGGUGCUGCGGUGCAUCUCCCACUGGAGGGGCUGGACGAGACUGCGGCACUGUACUAUGCAGACGAUCCCGCCACAUUCGAUGCCAUGGUGCUGCGGGUGAUCGAUGACAUGGUGGUGCUGGAUCGGACAUCGUUCUAUCCAAGGGGCGGGGGGCAGGAGCCGGACCACGGGAAGAUAGACGGCUUUGCGGUAGCCGAUGUACAAAAGCACGCAGGCAUCAUACUUCACAGGCUGGAGGGGGGCGUGCCCCGGGAGGGCAAAACGGUUUCGUGCAGCGUUAACCAGAAGAGGAGAGCGGGCAUCACAAAACACCACACCGGCACCCACAUCCUGAACGCAUCGUCCCGGAAGGUCCUGGGUUCCUGGGUCUGGCAGCACUCGGCUUUCAAGGAGGAGGAUCAUGCAAGACUGGACAUUACGCACCACUCCUCGCUGACCGGCGAGCAGGUGCAGAGGAUAGAGGAUGAGGCAAACGCACUGGUAGGGGAGGACCGCCCGGUGACCGUGGAGAAUCUUGAUCGAGGAUCCGCAGAGCAGAGGUACGGCUUUAGGAUAUACCAGGGCGGUGUCGUUCCCGUCAAAUCGGUGAGGAUAGUCUCGAUCCAGGACCGCGACGUGGAGGCCUGCGGGGGUACCCAUGUAAAGAGGACAGGCGAGAUCGACCUCAUAAGGAUCACAAGGAACAAGAGAAUCCAGGACGGCGUUGUGCGCCUCGAGUUCGUAUCUGGAGAGGCCGCAACAAAAUACGUAGCAAGGGUGCACAAGCAGGCAGCGCAGGACGCCGCAGAGGCCAAGAGCAAGGAGCGCGUACUCGCGGAGAGGGAGGAGCAGAGGAGCAUGGCCCGGCAGGACAUACCGGUGCUACUAGCUGGAAUAUCUGCCAGUGCCGAACCGCAGGAGCCCGGCCAGUGCCGCGUCAUACGCACAAGUAGCUCCCGUUUUACCAUAGAGGAGUGCGGGAACCGGCGGGCCCACCGCACCGGCAUAGAGCGGUGGCGCACCGGCACCGGGUGGUUCUACUGCACAUCAGACCAGAGAUACGGCGAGCGCUUUCACAUAAAGAUGGGCAGGGACCUGAUGAAUGCAGAGCCUGGUUCGACAUACUGCGGCCUGCUUGAGGCGGGUCCCACGGUCAGGAUAAUGAUGCGCAUAAACUGGAGCGACAUAGAGGGAAAGUGGAGAAGGAGAUGGCAGGAGGCCGGCCAGUUCGAGGCCGACACGGAAGACAGGCCAAAGAAGUUCAUCACGGUGGCGUAUCCCUACCCCAACUCGCCGCAGCAUGUGGGGCAUGGCCGCACGUACACGAUAGCCGACAUCCACGCCCGAUUCUACCGCAUGAACGGAUACAACGUGCUCCUUCCCAUGGGGUUCCACUACACCGGCACACCCAUUCUGGGCAUGGCAAAGAUGGUAGAGGCAAAAGACAGGGAGCUGCUAAACGGCCUGAGGGACAUAUACCACGUACCCCAGAAGGAGAUCGAGACCUUCGUCGAGCCGAUAAGGAUUGCCGACUACUUUCACGCAGAGAUAAAGGCAGGCAUGAUAGAGAUGGGCUACUCGAUAGACUGGAGGCGGGAGUUUACCACCAUAGACCCGGCGUACCAGAGGUUCAUCGAGUGGCACAUCAGCAAGCUCAAGGAGAAGGGCCUGAUAAUACAGGGCUCACAUCCGGUCGGCUGGUGUCCGCAGGAUCAGAACCCAGUAUCGCAGCACGACACACUGGGCGACGUGGAGCCCGGGUUCACAGAGUACAUGAUGAUAAAGUUUCAGUGGGAGGGGUACGUGAUUCCCACCGCCACGCUAAGGCCGGAGACGAUAUUUGGUGUGACAAACCUGUGGGUAAAUCCGGAUACCACCUACAGAAAGGUGACGGUCAACGGCCAGAAGUGGAUCGUGUCAAAGGAAUGCGCGUACAAGAUGGGGUUUCUGGGCAUGAAGGUAACAGACGAGGGCAGCAUCCCCGGCUCCCAGCUUGCCGGGGGUACGGCCACAUCCCCCCACAACGGCGCCAAGGUUCCGAUACUAGAGGCCGGCUUUGUGGAUCCGAACACCGGCACCGGUCUUGUAAUGUCUGUUCCCGCGCACGCCCCAUUUGACUAUCAGGCGCUAGCAGACUAUGAGAGGGGCCGCCCCUACGUGGGCCGCCGCAUCGAACCCAUUCAGGUUAUAUCCACCGACGGAUACGGCAGCGUCCCUGCCAAGGAGGCAGUGGAGAAGUCUGGCAUCACCAGCCAGAACGAUCCCCGGCUGGACGAGGUAUCGGCCGAGGUGUACAGCAAGGAGUUUUACGGCGGCACACUGCUGCCAAAUACCGGGCAGUUUGCGGGCAGGGAGGUGUCUGAUGCCAAGGACGACAUAAAGAAAUGGCUCGCCUCCUCCGGAUACUGCGAUAUACUGCUGGAGCUUGCGAGAACGGUAAGGUGCCGCUGCGGCGCCCAGUGCGUUGUAAAGAUAUUCUCGGAUCAGUGGUUUCUCAACUAUGCCGACGAGGGCUGGAAGAAUAUGGGCAGGGAGUGCAUUGACGACAUGAGCAUACUGCCCCCCGAGAUCAGGGGCGAGUUUCACAACGUGAUCGGAUGGUUACGGGAACGCGCCUGCGCAAGACAGCGCGGCAUGGGGACAAAGAUCCCAUGGGACAGGAACUGGAUCGUGGAGAGCCUGGCAGACUCGGUGAUAUACAUGGCGUACUACAUAAUUGCCAAGUACGUCAACGAAGGGAGAAUAGACGGCGCGGUCCUGCCUCCCGAGUUCUUCGACUAUGUGCUCUUAGGCGCCGGAACCGCCGAUGAGAUUCCCGGGGUGCCGGCGGAUGUGGCGGUGGAGAUCCGCAACGAGUUUGCGUACUUUUACCCUGUGGACUCGCGCCACUCGGGCCGGGAUCUGGUUCCGAACCACCUCACGUUCUUUGUUCUGAACCACGUGGCCACGUUCCCCCAGAAGCACUGGCCGCUACAGAUUGUGGUAAACGGCUCCGUUCUGAGUGGCGGAAAGAAGAUGUCAAAGAGCAUGGGAAACGUGACACCGCUGAGGCAGGCGAUCCGGGAGCACGGGGCGGAUCCCAUCAGGCUCACCAUCAUAAUAUCCGCCGAACUCCUGCAGGAUGCAGAGUUCAACUUCGAGUCGGUGGCUGGAAUCACCCGCAAGCUGGAGACGAUGGUGGACGUGUGUUCGGGACUGAAGGGUCACGGCGCCGAACCUCCGGCCAUGGUCCACGCAGAAGAUCGAUGGAUCCUCAGCAGAAUGCACAAGCUCGUCGCAGACAUCACCGACAGCACAAAAAACAUGAGACUCCGGGAGGCGCUUCACCACAUUCUGUUCUCGUUCGAGUCGGAUCUCUCAUGGUACGCCGCGCGGGCAAAGGCCAAGGGCAGGUACGGAGACGCCGACUGCAUGGGCAUACUGCACCGGGUGUACACCGCCCGGGUAAAGAUGCUCGCCCCCUUUGCGCCCCAUAUAGCCGAGGAGAUGUGGGAGGUGUUGGGAAAUCCAGGGAUGGUGUCCCGGUCCGACUGGCCUGUCGCUCCUCAGGAUCUGGACGACGCAGCUGUCCUGACAGAGGACAUGCUUCGAGCCGCCGUAAAUGACAUCACGAACAUACUCAAGGUUACAAAGAUCACGCCGCGCCGGAUCACGGUGUACACUGCCAGUCCCUUCAAAUCAAAGGUGUAUCGUGCAAUACUGAAGAUCAUGGCAUCGGGCCAGAUCGCCAUGGGCGCCAUAAUGAGGGAGCUGAUAGAGGAUCCCGAGAUGGGUGGCAUCAAGAGGCACUCUGACUUUGUUCAAAAGGCCAUCAAGGAUGUGCUGUCGGAGUCAGAGGAGAUCAGGCGGCUCAGAGCUGAAACUUCGCUGGAUGAGAGGCAGAUACUUGCAGGCGAGCUUGGUGCCCUGGUCCAGAGGGAGUUUGGUGCACAGGUAUCCGUACAUGCCGAGGAUGAUGAGGAUGUUUAUGACCCAAAGGGCAGGGCUCGACAUGCACGGCCGUUCAAGCCGGCUCUGCUCAUAGAGUAA